UCAUAUAACCUCUCUAUUAUAUAAACACAACCCACAAAGCCUAAUGCCACACAAGGCCUUAUUAUCACAUUUCUGAGAACCGAGGAGCUCGUAGUUAAUCAAAAAUGGCCUUGAUCAUAUUCCUUGCUAUGUCUCUUCUCCUCCAUGGAGCCCUCGGUGAGCUUGUAUGUGAGCAAUUACCUGUUGAGCUCUGCUCAUAUUCAAUUGCAUCUUCUGGGAAGCGAUGCUUGUUAGAGAAUUUUGCAACGAAAGAUGGAAAGGUUAAAUACCAAUGCAAGACAUCAGAAGUGGUUGUGGAUGUAAUGCAGGAAUGGAUUGAGAGUGAUGAAUGUGUUAGUUCAUGUGGACUUGAUAGGAACACUGUGGGUAUCUCAUCAGAUGGUCUUCUUCAGCCUCAGUUUUUGGCUAAACUUUGCUCAGACGAUUGUUACCAAGGUUGCCCCAAUAUUGUUGAUCUCUACUUAAACUUGGCCUUGGCUGAAGGAGUUAACUUGUCUGAGUUCUGUACCAAUCCUCGCCGUGCCUUGUCGGCGACUAGUAGUUCUGGUUAUGCAACCCCAGGUCCAGUCUCCGCCACAGAUUAUCCGGCUGCUGCUCCGAUCACUGGUGAUGCGGACCCAGCUUGUGCGCCUUCUGCCAUAUGAUGUUGUUGAUCAGUGUGGACUUAUUUAGGUCAUUAGUUGCUCAUAUUUGUAUGAAAGGAAAGGAGUGAUUUUCUAUUGUGACGUGCUUGUUUAAUUAAACUAAUUAAAAUUACUGCAAAUAAACGUUCGAUUCAUUAUUAGAAUAAUGAAUUGAACCUUUUUUUAAUAAAAAAAUUCCAAUUAUAUGCAAAA